UCCAAGGAAACUCAGACUAAGGCUGGGCCAACAUGGCAUCUGUGUUUCGAAGUGAGGAGAUGUGUUUAUCCCAAGUCUUUCUCCAGGUGGAGGCUGCCUAUUGCUGUGUAGCUGAACUGGGAGAACUUGGCUUGGUUCAGUUCAAAGACCUCAAUGCAAAUGUGAACAGCUUCCAGAGGAAGUUUGUGAAUGAAGUCCGAAGGUGCGAGUCGCUGGAGCGAAUCCUCCGUUUUCUGGAAGAUGAGAUGAAAAACGAGAUUGUAAUCCAGACGCCCGAGAAGGAGCCAGAGACGCCUCUCCCCCGAGAAAUGAUCACCCUGAAGAGUACUCUGGAGAAACUGGAAGGAGAGCUCCAGGAAGCCAAUCAGAGCCAACAGGCUUUAAAGAAGAGCUUUCUGGAACUGACAGAACUCAAAUACCUCCUAAAGAAAACCCAGGACUUUUUUGAGACAGAAACCAACUUAGCUGACGAUUUCUUUGUUGAAGACACUUCGGAAGAAAUGAAAAAGAAUAUAUUCAUCGUAUUUUAUCAAGGAGAACAGCUCAGGCUGAAGAUCAAGAAGAUCUGUGAUGGGUUUCGUGCCACCAUCUAUCCCUGCCCGGAGUCUGCGGUUGAGCGCAGAGAGAUGCUGGCCAGUGUCAAUGUGAGGCUGGAGGACUUAAUCACUGUUAUCACCCAAACAGAGUCUCACCAGCAGCGCCUACUGCAGGAAGCAGCUGCCAACUGGCACUCGUGGGUCAUCAAAGUGCAGAAGAUGAAGGCUGUCUACCAUGUCCUGAACAUGUGCAACAUUGACGUCACCCAGCAGUGCAUCAUCGCCGAGAUCUGGUUCCCAGUGGCAGACACCAGGCACAUCAAGAAGGCGCUGGAGCAGGGCAUGGAACUUAGUGGCUCCUCCAUGGUCCCCAUCAUGACCGAAGUGGAGACUAAAGCAGACCCUCCCACCUUCAACAGGACUAAUAAAUUUAUAGCUGGCUUCCAGAACAUUGUUGACGCCUAUGGUGUAGGGAGCUACAGAGAGAUAAACCCAGCUCCCUACACGAUCAUCACUUUCCCCUUCCUGUUUGCCGUGAUGUUUGGAGACUGUGGUCACGGGCUGGUGAUGCUGAUGGCGGCCCUGUGGAUGGUCCUAAACGAGAAGCACCUGCUGGCUCAGAAGAGCACCAAUGAGAUCUGGAACACCUUCUUCAAUGGGCGCUACCUGAUCCUGCUCAUGGGCAUCUUCUCCAUCUACACGGGCUUGAUCUACAAUGACUGCUUCUCCAAGUCUUUUAACAUCUUUGGGUCCUCCUGGAGCGUCCAACCUAUGUUCAGAAAUGGUACAUGGAAUGCCCAUGUCAUGGAAAAGAGUCAGUAUUUGCAGCUAGACCCGGCCAUCCCAGGAGUGUAUUCUGGAAAUCCCUACCCAUUUGGGAUUGAUCCGAUUUGGAACGUGGCUUCAAACAAACUCACGUUUCUGAACUCCUAUAAGAUGAAGAUGUCAGUCAUCCUGGGGAUCAUUCAGAUGACUUUUGGUGUUUUUCUUGGCCUCUUCAAUCACAUUUACUUCAGAAGGACCCACAACAUCGUUCUGCAGUUCAUCCCCGAGAUGAUUUUUAUGCUGAGUCUGUUUGGAUACCUGGUUUUCAUGAUCAUCUUCAAGUGGUGUCGGUAUGAUGCCCACACAUCCCAGAAGGCUCCCAGCAUCCUCAUCCACUUCAUCAGCAUGUUUCUGUUUGACUACAGUGACGCCAAUGCACCCCUGUACGGCCAUCAGCAAGAAGUCCAGACUUUCUUUGUCAUUAUUGCGUUGGUCUCUGUGCCAUGGAUGCUUCUGAUCAAGCCAUUUCUCCUCAGAGCCAAAUACCAGAAAUCUCAGCUUCAGUCUUUCAGGAUCCACGAGGAUGACAUUGAGGGUGGCCACUCGAGCGCCUCUGCUCAGAAGAAGACAGCGGGGACUAAGGGUGACCACGAGGAGGAGUUCAACUUUGGAGACAUCUUUGUCCACCAGGCCAUCCAUACCAUCGAGUACUGCCUGGGCUGCAUCUCCAACACAGCCUCGUAUCUUCGUCUCUGGGCCCUCAGCUUGGCUCACGCAGAGCUGUCCAAAGUGCUCUGGACCAUGGUGAUGAACAUCGGCCUUCGCCUUCGGGGCUGGGGAGGGCUCAUCGGGGUCUUCAUCAUUUUUGCCGUCUUCGCCGUCCUGACCGUCGCUAUCCUCCUGAUCAUGGAGGGCCUCUCGGCCUUUCUGCAUGCCCUCCGGCUGCACUGGGUGGAGUUCCAUAACAAGUUCUAUGAGGGCGCUGGCUCCAAGUUCUCCCCCUUCUCCUUCAAGCAAGUCCUGGAAGGGGCUGCUGAGGAGUAG